CCGAAGUAUGCCCUUUUGUGGAAGUUUUUAUGUCUAUGCCAUUUUCUGUGACGGCAUAUUUAGGGUGACCUCACUCACUGUGUCAGGUGUCAGCUGAUCGUUUGUCAACAAAUAGAUGUCAGGUCAAGGGAAGGGGAGGCAGCGCUGCUGACGUGAUUUGCUGGAAGAACCGACAAAACCAGGAUGUCUCACCGAGAUUUUUCUCACUUAGAGCCAGGGGCGCGAAUUAAGCAAUUGUGCACUCAGGGAAAUGAUGUAGUUGUUGACCCCAACAUACCACUUAGAAGGUAUUUUAGAUCGGGGCUGGAAAUGGUUCGCAUGGCAAACGUUUAUGCCGAUGAAGGCUGCUUUGAGAGUGCUUUUAUCUUGUAUAUGAAGUUCAUGACGCUGUUUUUGGAGAAAAUUCGAAGCCAUCCUGAUUUCUCAGGACACUCAUCCAUUGAUAAAACUAAUAAUACAAAAAAACUGAAGGAGAUUUUACCAAAAGCUGAGAAUUUGAAGACUCUGUUAAGAGAAAAAUAUCAGCAAGAAUAUAAUGUUAUUGUGAAAGAGCAGAAACGACUUGAAGAGGAACUAAAAGCCAAACAGUUAGAACAGCAGCGUCAGGCUCAGGAGGAGGAGAGGCGGCGGCAGCAGUUAGAAGAAGAGAACCAGAGGCGAAAAGAAAUAAGGGAUGAAGAGAAGAGAAUAAAAGAUUUGCAGUCCUUCCACCACAAUCAUCCAAAAAAUGCCUGGUCAGAUACCCCUCCUGAUUACAAUUCACUGGGUAGUUUGAUCUAUCCAACCUCUGCACUGACCAUUAGUGAUGGAAGUCCUACAAACAGGCCUAGUGCUCCUUUGGAUGACUUCAGUUCACCCACCACCUCACCCAUAAGUCCAUCAAGCAAUAUUCAAUCUUUACCUUCCAUACCAUCAAGGGAAUUGAAACCUCUGCAUCCCGGCAUUCCAGAAGUGGAUCGAAGUAACAAACCAACAUCAUUAUUAAGCGCCACAGGUGGCAAGAAGAGUGGUGGAUUACGGGAGGUGGUAGUUCCAGUCGAUUUAAUGUCCAACUUUAUGAAUUUAGCACAAGCAAAUACGUUGCGAAAUAUUGAAACCUGUGGUGUCUUAGCUGGCAGACUGGCUCAAAAUAAGUUGGUUUUGACACACCUCUUGGUACCCAAACAAUGUGGUACCUCAGAUUCUUGUACUACGCAGCAAGAGGAGGAGUUGUUUGAUUAUCAAGAUAAAUUAGAUCUUAUAACAAUUGGGUGGAUACAUACUCACCCAACACAAACAGCAUUUUUAUCAAGUGUGGAUUUGCAUACUCACUGCUCUUACCAACUCAUGAUGCCAGAAGCAGUGGCCAUUGUCUGUGCACCGAAGUAUGAUGAAACAGGAUACUUCACUCUCACCCACAACCACGGAUUAGCAUUUAUAGCCAAUUGUCAACAGAGUGGAUUUCAUCCUCACCCAAAAGAACCCCCUCUAUUUCAGAAAGCAGAUCACGUGACGUUGGAUCACAAUCUCCCCAUUAAUGUAAUUGACCUGCGGGACUCUUAAGUGAGUACUACUAUCACUUGUACAGAAAUAUAUAUGGUAUUUCACAGAUUCAUAUUCGUGUUAGUCAACCAUGUUGAAUUGUUAAAUUUUUAUGUUCAAAGUUUUAUGGUUUCAGAUUCUAUGCUCUAUUGGAUAUAAGGUUGCUGAUGAUUUCUUAGGUGUAGUUUGUUUCAAUGAGAUUGAAAAAAUGUUUACACUAUCGUAAGAGUAGAGAACUUAUUGUACAAUAUUUGCUUCAUGAUUUGUGAAGAAUCACAAGGUGUUUUGUGCCUUGGUAUUAUGUUGAUACCUGUUAUAAUGUGAUAAAACCUUAGCAGAUCAAUUUAGAAAAGUGUGGCAUACAGGUAAGCAUUUUUUAUUCAUAUGUAGUUAAAAGAAGGCAUUUCUUUUCCUUAAAAAUUGUAAACAGUACAGUGCCUCUCUAGUUAACAGUAUAGAUAUAUCAAGGGUUUUGUAAGCACUUGUAGUUGCUUUACAUCACUAAUUUUGUUGUAUAAGGAUGAAUGAAAACAAAAUUUACCUCAGUGCUGCAUGUCACAUCAUCUUUGUACGAGUUUCGGUUUAUACAUGUACUAUAUGCUAUCAUCCCUUCUCUACAACAUUGGUUUUAAAAACUUCAUUUUUGAAUUGCUCAAGAAAUUGAUUUCUACCUAGAUGUAAAGUUAGUGAAAUAAGUUUUGAUAUUGCUCAGAAAUGUUCAAGAAAAAUUGGGAGUGGACCAUUCACUGUACCCUGGCAAUUCUUUGUCCAUCAGGUUACAUUGAUACAUAUGGGACUAGCUUUACUUGAUGUGCUUUUAAAAGAAGAAGCUGCAGUUUCAGGUACAUAAACUAUAAAUGCUUUAACAAAUGUGCAGAAAUAUUAUUUCCAUGACUUACGUGAUUUAUAUAAUAUUCUUUAAUAAAUGUAAUAGUUUCUUUCUUUUUCCUUUCUUUGUUGUUUUUCCCUGUACUUUUCAGUAAGUUUGUGAAGUAAAGUAACCCAUAAGUUUUGAAAGUAUAUUACUGGUAAAUAAAAUUCUGUAUUUCAGUGCUUGUACAAAGUGCUGUUACUAUCUUCAUAAUUUUUUUAUAUGUACCUGUAUUUAUACCUGUGUUUAUGUUAUGGAUAUUAUUUAUGUUUGGAUAUACAGAUAAAAAUGAAAGGACAAAAAAGAGUCAAGUUAAUAGUUAAUUCAAGGAAAAAGGUACUUGUAUUAGGUCUGUAUAUUCCCUUUCUUAUGUUAUUCCACUAUGGCUCUGCUCUUUCCAAGAUAUCAUUGACUAGGAUCAAAAUGGCAGACUGAUGGCCAUUAAGGUAUGUUUUUUUGUGAAAAAACUGUCCAGCCAUCCCAGGCAGUAUUUAGAUAAAGUGGAUAACAGUUAGAGGGGGCAUUGACAUGACCAUUUACAGUGUGUACAUAUAUGGUUAUUCAUUCCUCAUAUAUCCCAGUUAAAAGUAACAGUUUCAAAUAAGACAUUAUAGCAUAGAGGAUCAUUUGAUGGUAAUUGGUAUAUAGCUAAUUAUUUCAGUGUUUGCAUAGUUAUGGGAUUUAACCCCUCAGAAAUUUAUUUCAGCUUGUAGAUAAUUACAUUUCUGAUUAUUUAUCUUUUAAGUCAGGGCUUAGUGGAUUUUUUGUGUUAUCAUUUUGCAUUAUAUAUACAAUCUUAACUUUUUAUUAUUAACCAAAAAUAUUGUGAAAAUAUAAAUUUUUUUAUUCAAGUUUGCUAGUUUUUGAUAAAUGGGCUGAGAAUGUCAAAGCUUAUUUCUCUGAUGCUUCACUCGUGCUUCAUACACACAUAUUACAGACUGAAUGGAUGUUGACUGUGUUCUUGUAUGCGUUAUGCGAUUAUUCAUCCAUGGUGUUACGUAGAGGGUGUUCCACUCAUAUUAUCAUGGGCUUUUUAGGAAAACUGCAAAAUCCGUAAGGGUACUAGUCAUUUAAGUACCUUUAUGUUUUAGCUAACAUAGCUGCAAAUGGAAAACCAAUCUUAGGAGGUUUCAUUUUAAAGAAUUAUGAAGAUGUAGAGUUGCCUGGGAAGGACUUACAGUUCUACUUAUGUUAACUGAAGAAAAAUUUGUGUACAAGGAUGUUCAGAGAAAGAAAACUUUUCCGAUGUACUUCAAUUUGUAAAGUGGACCAAUCUCUUUAAGUGUAAGUCAACUGAUUGUCAUUCUUGCUUGAGAGUUUUUAGCGUUCAUGAGUGCAACAUUUUUUUUUUUUCUGGUAAUAUUACAUGCAAAAAGUUUCCUUUUUCCAAUUACGAUUGUAAUAUUCAGUACUGUAUAUGAAAAAUAUUUUGUUGAUGUUGCAAAGGAAGGGCUUUUUUUUCUUUUCCUGCAAUAUUUGGUUAGAUAUGAGUUUAUGGAGAUGGAAAAAAUCAAACUGUCAUGUCAAGUACUUUUUGUAACAUGCUGCUCAAAUAUGCCUUUUCAAGUUUCUAGUGUGUGAGACAGAAUGAAUGCUAUAAGGCUUACAUCAAGUAUGGAGACUGUUAUGGUUUUUGUCAUUUUUUACAGCUGUGUUCCUGCUUUUGCCAUGUUUAUCUACGUUUCAUAACUGCAGCCAUAUUUUUAUCGAUUGUUUGAUCUUCAAGUAUGGGCAGUUAAAAUGUUCUGUCAUGCUCAAAAGUUACAUUUAAUAGUUUUGAUCUAAUACAGUUUAUUGUCAGUUCAAGUUAAAAGUAGAAUGUUUAAAAAAAAUACACAUUAUACUACAUAUGAGAAAGAUGAUAAUAGUUUAAGAGACAUUAUUCAAUAAAACGUUUAUCAUCAGAACACCAUUACUGUGUCAAAAAUGCAUUACAUUAACUAGAAGAAAUGCAAGUUUAUUUUUAAGCAAAUAAUCCUUAUGACAGUGGGCCUAUGUAGCUCUCUAUAAGACUUGCUGUCUAUAUCCAAGUUCCAUUAAGUCAUGUCUGAAAUAGUAUCCCAUUGAAUUGAAAACUAAUAAUACAGGAAAACAGCUGUAAAAUAUGAGAAAAAUGUCAAAGGUGUGAAGUCAGUUAGAAAGCCAUUUACUGAAUAAUUGGUAGAUUUUUCUAUUGGAUUUCUUUGUUGUAUUAUAUACUGAAAGGAUUUCCAGAUAUGUUAUAAUUUUUCAUUCGUUAAUAUGAAGUUGUAUUGUAUUACUCAUGAUGUUAAAAUGUCAUAAAUCUAUAUCAUGUUGCUUCUAUAAUUCAGUGCAAGGAUUAUGAAACUAAACUGCAAAACAGCUUGAGUGAUUUAUGAGUUUAUUAUAUGUAUUGCACUCUUGCAGGGAUUGCCAUUCAGUGUAGUAUACAUGGAAAUGGGAUAUUUUAAAAAUUAAAUUUUUAAAGGAAAUAAGUAAUUCUAUGAUCUGUAUGGAACUCGUUGGGAAUAAUUUAAUGCUUUUCAUAGUAAUAGUUAUCUGAGAACAUAACAUGACAGAAAAUCAAGGACCUUUACAUUGUUACUAAGAACCAAACAAUUUCUUGGCGUAAUUUUUUUUUCAUUUAUGAUGCAUCUUAUAAUAAAGAAUUUUUUUCAGUCUAAUUACUUGUGUAUGACCUUAUCAAUUUGUGAAGUAAUUUCUUGUUGAAAUGAUUUUAUUCAUAUUUUUUGUUUUGUUUUUAUCUCAAAGAGAUUUCAAUUGUGUCACCAUUAUGAUUAUGUACUCCAUAAGGAUGAAGCAAACUCAAGAGCUUUGCCUAAAUCAUUUUAGUGUUUCCUAGUUACACUACCUAGGCAGAUUUGCUUAAUUCGUCAGAAUCUGAAUUAUUUUGGAUGUUAUGUAUUUUUUUUAGGAAUUAAUUAUAUAAUUUUCUUUUGUCCUCCUAAAGAUUAAAUGUAUUCUAGGACCAGAUGUCAGCUGUUUGAAAUGUUAUUGACUGAUUGUAGGCUUCUGUGUUCUCUUGAUUUAGUUUUAUGAUGUAUAAUUUUUUGCUUUUUCUGAACAGAAUUUUACAUUCACAAGUCAUCAA